GAAUGGUAAAUGCGCCAUCUUCGAGCACAAGGACAGAAAAAACUGAACUCCUCAAGCGGCCAUUUAGUCAAGAGAAACUGUCUGAAUUUUCUCAACUCAAUUUUUCCUCAACCUGUCGAUACCCGGCAUGUGACUGGUUGAGAUUUGACAGGCUCUCAAACAGAAUAUUCUCCCACUCAUCUGCAGGAGAUGGCGGACCGAAGCUACCAUUCCACCAAUCCCAUGGACUUUCAUCCAUGCGAUACACCUAGAGGGAUGGACUAUUUCGACCUGGCCUGUCUGACCAAAGAGCAACAGCAGCGCUUGAACAAUCACAAAAUUGAGGUAGUGAGGCAACAUCAGAAGUUCCUUUACCGGAACCCUGAGAUCCGAGCAGUGAUUCAUGUCAUCAUGAAGAAAAUCCUGUUGGAGCGUCCCAGCCAUGAUGUUGAUCGCUUCAUUGGGAACUACUUCCUGCAUAACUGGGAGGCGAUCAGUGAGGAGGUGAAGAAAUAUGUUGAGAUGAUGCCGGGCAAACCAUCCGCCGAUGAGAGCAAGAUCCAAAUCAAAGAAGACAAGCAUGUUAAGCUGGAAGAAGGCCUGGGCAGCCCCGGUAUUUCAAGGUCCAGAACUUCCUCUGCAGAGGAGCAUUUACUGGGCCACAUUGCCAAAGAAAUUGUGGAUGAAUUAGUGCAAAAAGCCGCAGAACAAGCGGGCCCAGUGGCAAGUCACGAAUCAGCCGACCCUGCCAUUAAGGAAGAUAAGCGACAAUCGGCAAAAUCUGAAGACGAAGACGAUGAACUCAUCUUCGACUUGGGGCUGGACUUUGAUUUGGACUUCAGCGGCUAUCACGAGGAGGACGAGAACAAGGAUCUGGCCAAUAAGAAGCUGGACAAAAACAUCAUUGCCACCUUGAGUAACGUUGCGCUUCAAAGCCCACCAUUCUGAACAAUCAUCCAACAGUCCUAAUCCGUAGAUGGACCAUGCAGUGUAAUUACCGUAACCAAAUAAAUCAGUUUUUUUACUAAAUCAA